AUGGAAGAAGAUCAUCUCUAUGGUGAUAUUGAGGAUGAAGACAUUCCCGAUGCUUUGUUUGAGUCUAUUGACCAACUAGGGAAUGAGGAUUCACCAUUAAUUGAGGCAUCACCACCCCCUCAGCAGCCACAGCAGCCACAACAACAUAUGGAGGUGGCUCACACGUUUGCCACUACUCAAACUACAUUCUCAAAAAGAGUGGCUGAAAGAAACACACCUCCUGGGAAAACCCCCAAACCAAUCAACCCAGGCUUUGGCUCUGAGAGAUAUGGGGUCAGAAAAGCUCUCUUUGGUGCAAUCACAGUUCACAAUACAUAUCUAUCUGAGCCACUGACUCCAGCUCAGAGAACCUAUGUCCUUGUGGCAUACAGACGAGUGCUAUCCGCUACUAAUCCCAGCAAUCCACCUUCACUUGACAUUAUUUACCAGCAAGUGAUGCUACAAUUCAAUCUGUCGCACCUUGAUGCAAUCAAUAAGGGACACAGUGCUGGCUACGGAGGAAUGAUCAGGGAGGGUACAGUGAAAGCUUGCCUUAAACAAGCUGCAAGGCCUGUCAUGCAACAACAGAUUCAAGCUCGGGCUAGUGCUAUAGCCGGUGGCAGGAUUGCACCUGUACCCACAUGGGAGCAGAUCCAAGGCAUGGGUCGAAGCGAGCUUAGAGUACGCCUCCAGUACCUGAAUCAAGUCCAACAUGGAUCUGUUGCUGAGCUAAAGGAUAGACUAAAGAAACACUAUGGACUAUAG